AUGAGUUCCUCAACAACCCCUCUCGGUACUUACAACGGUUCGCUAAUUUUAGAUCCCAAUUCUGUUGAUUCAGCAACCAGACGCGCUUGGUGCUCCAGUGAAAUUCUAGCUUGUUCAACUCUCUGUGGCAGUAAUGCAAAGGCAAAUAGCUGUACUCCGACUGUCAUCACAUGUGAAUGUAUUUGCAGGAGCGAUCCUGAUGGUAUAGUGCCCGACCUCUCGAUUUACAAAGGGACUUUGCCGGCAUUUGUCAAUGCGUUCAUUUCGGGACAAUGUAUAGAACAACAAUCAAAUAAUCUGGAUGCUCAACAAUCAUGCACGAGUAUACCAAACCAAGCAGUUUUGGAGCCGUCGAGAAUAGCUGUUUCGGUUCCCAAGACUUCGUCGAGUACUUCGCCAGGAACAUCCUCAGGAACUUCUAGCUCCAGGUCUUCCUCAACUUCCUCCAACGCCACUCCUGCAACCAUCACUGUAACAAACUCGGGUCCAGUCACACCCACUGAUAAUCCCGCCGCUUCUUUAACGGGUUCCGGCUCAGCGAGUUCUCCAACCACUACUCCACCACCAGAACCAUCGGACUCGGGAUUAUCGACUGGCGCAAAAGCGGGUAUUGGGGUAGGUGUUGUAUUGGGCAUGUUAAUGCUUGCGGUUGCUGCUUUCUUCCUAUACAGAAUACGCCGGAAGCGAAAGACAACCAACGUGGAGUACACUGGGAAAGCAGAGUUGGCUGCUGAUUCCGAGGUAGCUCAACAAGAACGUCAGCCAAUAUAUGAAGUUAGUGCCGAUGAAGUAAAUCGACAACAAUUGGAAACCGGUUCCGCGAAUGACAACCGCCAUGAACUCGUCGGUUGGGAUGAACGACACAUGGCAGAGCUUGAUGGACUUGCGGGGCCUGAGGUGCCUGCUGCAAGAGGCGCAACACAGCACUCCUAG